AUGUCGACCCCGGCUUCAGAGCCUGGAAAAUGGUGUCUAUUUUUACAACGUCAUUGGUUGAUUAUAGUAAUCGUAAUAAUAGCUGAAAUUUUUAUCAUAGCGGGUGCUGUUCGUUUAACGUAUUUUCUGUCGACGCAUCCAGCUUGUGAAUCUGGUAAGCAAUUUGCAAAAGAGAAGGUAUCUCAAAGAGACGUUUAAACUUGUUUGGUUUACAGACAAAUUCACGAGUUCUGCUAUUCAAGCGAGUACUGUAUCCAGCUUCGAGAGAACUAGCUCAGGUGAGAUUUAUUUAUUUUACACGGUCGGUCGGUCACUUCAAACAAGUAUACAUAAGCUCACCUGUAGAAUAGGUUAUAAAACUGAUCACUAUAUCAAAAUGAAUAAAUACGGGAUUUUCUAAUCACAGAACCCGCAAACAACAUUAAUUGCACCUCCGGCUUCACGAAUAUUAAUAACAAAUGUUUACAAUUAAUAACUAACCCGAAAAUCCGAGAACAUGCGGACUCUGCUUGUAUGGGGCACGGAGGCUCGACCCUUUUUCGAUUCGGAAUGAACAGGUAACACAUUUUUUAUAUUUUUGUUCAAAAAAGAAAAAGCAAUUCUUGAUUUUGUAUCGAACAGCGGUGUUGAUAAUCUAUGGACCGGGUUGAUUUGUGAAACGGAGAAAUCGUCGCCGUCUACUUACGUGUGCAUUUGGGAUAAGGAAAGCGGGACGUCGGCAGGAUAUGAUAACUUUUCAGAAGGCGAGGAUGGAAAUCGUAAUAAUUCUGAAGUAUUUAGUUUUUAGAUUUUCCCGACAAGACCAUUGGGGACUGUGUUUACUUCAUUGCUACUGGGCCAUUAGUUUGACAAUGGCAAAGUGGUUCAUGCAAUCAGACAAUGAGUUUCAUAUGUGAACUACCUCCAACUUUUCAUGGUAAGGCUUAAAGGUUUUACUGAUGGCUUCUUAAUAUUCAUAAGUUUAAGAUGAUAAUUGCGAUAACAAUUACAACAAGCAUUGUUACCUACGUAACGAUAAUCUGCACACUGUUGCUGAAGGACAGAAUUACUGCAAGACGUUGUGCGCCAACCUUGUUUCAAUUAACUCUGCCAAUGAAAAUCGUUACAUACAAAGUAUUUACAAUGACGUUGUGGACGGAUACACUUCCCUAGGUGCAGCUGUUCCAUAUUACGGUGAAAUAUAUUGGCUGGAUGGAUCACCUCCAGUGUAUGAUAAUGUUCAAUCUACCAGUGGGACCUGUGUCUUCAUGAGUCUUUUAAGCGGAGGUAGUGGUGUCUGGAACACUGUCCAAUGCACCGACAGGGCGUGGUUUCUGUGUAAACGGCCCAUAGGU